AUGGAUCCUUCAGUAACGGAUGCCAUCCUCCGAGGAGUACGUACACGAAAGUCUCAGACGGGCACGACGUCAGUUGUGUAUCAUCUCAGUGGCGCAGGCAACUUUGUCGACAACAGCGAAUCUGGAGAUUACAUACCAACAGAGCACCGCUUUGAUGAUGCGAACCCGGAUGAUGUUCCUGCUGAGAAAGGCGAGGCGAAAGUUUAUUUCGUUUGCCCUGGUGGCACUUAUGGUCACAGUGAACGUCACGUUGGCAAAUCUGUUGGAUCAGCGUCAGCAUUUGCCCCAGGGCGGUGGGUAGACUACAUGACACAAAACAUCGAAUCACUAGGCUUUGGUGUCUAUGUCGGCAGUGGCACUUCGGUAUUUGGAGUCGUCCAUGUCGAUGACAUUGUCUCGCUCAUGAUGCUUGUGUAUCAGAAGAUACUCGACACUGCAGACAAUUAUAAACCAGAAGACGUUUAUCGUUAUUGGUAUAAUGGUAUCUAUAGAGAGGAGCCGAGCAAAAAGGUUGCUGCUGCGCUGGCUAAGCUCCAAGCCCGACGUGGAAAAAUCCCUUCUUCCGAGACCAAGUCCGUGGCCUAUAAUGACGCAGGAUUUACAGCAAGAUACAUUGCUGGUAACAUGCUCAUAGAAUGUAACAACUCUAAAUCUCUCGGUUGGAUGCCUCAAGGACCCGAUUUAUACACAACGCUGGAACAGCUUGAAUGA